AUGGGAGAUGAAACCAAUAGAUCCAUGGAUGAAACGCGGGUACUGCAGCAAGCCAUUGGGGUAUUAACAAAUAUUUUAUCAUCCCCUGAAACAGUCACAUCCUUGUCCUCGUCCCUUGAGCGACAGAGGACAGGCUCAGCUGCACCUAACGUGUCUCACAGCGCAGUGGAGGUGCAGCUGAGAGAACUUUUCAGACCUGGUAACUCCCAAGCCGCUUCGCCAGGCCGAGCAGCUAACCGUACAAGUACAACCGCACAAGAGCAGUCAUUGCAAUAUCGGACUCGGCAACACUUUGGGAACUGGAACUCCCGGCCGAGGAAAAGGGCGAAAACACAUUAUCAUGAUACUUUCAACAAAGACAUUAUCCUUCUUCCGAAGCCAUCAAGCAGUGUUGUUGUCAAGCAUCGCACAAAGCAACAGUUACACGAACACGGACAUAUACUGAAUGGAUUUGAAUUCCAGAAAUCCUGGGACCAGAGGACUGUCAAUGAACAAAUAAGGGAUGCCUUUAGAGAAAAACUCUGUGCUGAUGUGAGCCUAGAGUUUCUGAUGGCAUGUGGCAACAGAUUGAUAUCGCCCAAACUGCGUGCUGGACAAGAGCUGGAUGCAAAUCUCAUACAUAAAGUAUAUAAAUCGAAAGCCCUCUACAUCAGACCAUCAAAGCCAAUUUUGGUAUUUAAUAUCUUAAAAUGUUUUUGUCUUUCCAAGGAUGAUAUUGUAGGCGAUAGCAGUGAAGACAACAUGUGUGAGGAAAACCCUGGUUCAACAAGGCAGCUGCGCUCUUCAUCUCUAACACGAGAUAGACACGAAUAUGCCUCUUCAGACAGUUUCACCAGCCCAACUUCUGCCUCCCCACCAAACUGUACUUCUGCAGUUCAACCUUUUGCCUCAUCACUUGGGUGUGGAGCGUUAUUCACUCAAACACCUGCCUUGACCUAUCAAAGCAGUAUCUCAACCAACCACAGCAGCACUUCAGUAAGCAGUUCUUCUAGUCAGCUGCCAGUAUGCUCACUGGAAAACUGCCCUUCCACCAGUCUGCCUUCUGUCUCAUCAUUUGGAGGAACAACUUCAGUUGAUCCAACUCUGGUCCUGACUUGUCAAAACAGCUCAAGCUCACCCUACCAGAGCAGCACUCCAGCAAGUCAUUGUUCUACAUUACCCUCUACGUCAACACACCACCAAUCAGAAAACUAUGAUAACUACCUUUCAGUAAUGGCUGCACUGUCUGACAUGUCUUCUGAUGAUGAGGAAUUGAACAAGACUAUACUAGCAAGCUUGCAGAGUGAAAGGACCACAGGAUGCUUGGUACCAGCAAGAGAUAUUUUGCAAGAUCUUGCAACAAAAAUAAACCAUCUGAGGAAAUGCAAAUUUAACAUUAACCGGUCCACAGUCCUGGACGGAGCCAUUAGAGGUUUUAAACGAGGGACAUACGAUCCAAGUCACACUAUUUCUGUCCGGUUUUCUGAUGAUAUGGGCGUCCCUGAAGAGGCUGUGGACUUGGGCGGACCAAGAAGAGAAUUUCUAAGGCUGCUUAUCGAAGCUUUGCCCCUAUCUCCAAUGUUUGAGGGGGAAGGAAGCAAAUUGAACUUGGCCUUUGACAGUACUGCCAUGAGAGAGGACAGGUACUUCAUUGCAGGGAGGGCCAUUGCAGUAAGCCUUGUACACGGCGGUCCUCCUGCAGGCUUUCUGUCUGAAAAAAUUAAAAGGGUCAUAGAAUGUACAUCAUUUGAAGAUUUGCUAGCAACAACAGAGCCAAUUGAGGAGUAUUUGGCCAAUGCUGGCUGCCUGAGGCCACUGCGAAGGUUGGAAGACAAGAAUCUCCUUGUGGAUGACAUCCUGAUGUUCCAAGUGAUACACAGAGUGCGUGGUCCUUUUGAGAGAUUUCGGGAUGGACUGAGAACACUUGGUGUGCUGGACAAAAUCCAAGUUCACCCGGAGAGUUUUCGUCCCCUUCUAUGCUGGUCUCCUACAACCCUCACAGCUGACCUGGUUGACAACCUCUUCACCAUCCGCCUAUCACCAGUUGGCAGCAACAAAAGGCGUGCUGAAGAAGUUGUUGUUCCUUUUUGGAGGGACUACUUAACAGAUGCAGAAGAUCAAGAGGGAACACACAAGCUGGGGACAAUUCUUGCCUUUGCCACUGGAGCCGAUGCUGUUCCACCAGUUGGCUUCUCUCCACAACCUUCAAUUGAAUUCCUUCACCAAGAGCAUGACGCAGGAUUCACCUCUAAAUUGCCCAUUGCAAACACCUGCAUCAAUUGUUUGAAGUUACCACUGCAUGCUUCUUACAGAGACUUUCAGGAAAACAUGGACUUUGCAUUGGGCAAUACCCAUGGUUUCGGCAUAGCUUAA